CACUACUUUUAAAAAUGUCUGAACCACAAACUAAACCAGUUGAAGAACUAAUGAACAACCAAGUAAUUAAUACUCAAGAGGGAGAGCAAGACUUUUCUACAGCUUCAACUCCUAAUGUUCAACAACAAGAACUUUCACCUAAAGUCAAAACAUUGAAAGAUGCUUUCCCUGAUUUAGACGUUGACGUGAUUGAAACUAUUUUAGAUAGUCAAGGUGGUGACCUCGAAGCUGCAUUUGAAGUAUUACUUGGCUUAUCUGAUCCUACCUAUAAACCUGAUCCUCAACAAAUGGAAGGAUUAAGCCAAUUGAGACAAGACGAAGAAUAUGCAAGACGCUUGGCUCGUGAGGGAGAUGUUCAUUAUCCACAAGAUAAUAAUAAUAACAAUGGAAACCAACAACAACAACAGCAGCAACAACAACAACAGCAACAGCAACAACAAUCUCUAUUUAAUUUUCAAGAGGAAUUACCUAUUAUUAAAGAAAAAGUAAUUGAAGUUGGAACAGGUAGAGUAACAUUUAGACAUCAUUUCUUUUAUAGUUUAACUUAUAAUAAAAUAGCUGCCAAGAACAAACUUGUGAACUUGUACAAUCAAUUUAUGUCCAGUUCAGGACAACAACAAACCAGCUCAUUAGGUGGUGGUGUAUUAGAGACAGGCAUGGGUAAUUUAAGCCUUUCUGACCAUAAUCGACAACAAAAUAAUACAACACGUUCUUCUGACAAUUUAUGUGAAUGGGACGGUCAAAAUGAUAUUCAACCACAACAACUUGUAACAGAAAGAAAAACAUCUACUUCUGCAGAACAAUUAUUAGCUGAUAAAGAAUUUGCUAGACGACUAGCUCGAGAAGAUGCAGAACAAGUUAGGACUGAAGCUGCUAACACCACUACUUCUCCUAUUCAAAAUGAUACUACUACCACUACUAUUACUGAAUUACAAGCUUCAAAUAUCAGCAAUAACGAAACAAGUCAUGAUAAUAACAAGCCAGUAAUAGAAACAGGAAAGAUGAAUGUUGACAAGGUUAAUAAUGAAGAUAAAGAGAUUGAUAAGCUUAGUAAAUACACUAUUAAUGACGAUGAUGACUUGGAUGAUUUAUUUGUUAAGCAAGGUAUUAUGCAUACAAAUAUAAGUGCAUGUAUGUAUGUCUCAUAUUUUAUUAAUAGAUUCAACUCUUGAAGAUGAAGAUACCAAGAUAAAUAAAUAAUAAUAUUAGUCAUGAACAUUUAAUAAAAAGGAAUCGUUUGACCAAAAGACUUGUCCUAGUCAAUUCAAACAAAAUGAUAAACUCAAAAUAUGAAAACUUUCUCUACUACAAUGUUAGCUUCACCCUAUUUUUUAUUUGUUGGCUCUAUAUUACAUGAGAUAAACUGUUUGACUUGAAAAACUUUAUUCUUCCUCUUUCCAACCUUGAUAGCCUAGUUAUCUAAUUCCUCUUCUUGACACUUUAUCUUUUCUUCUUUCUUUUUAUAAGUUUAUUUUUUUUUACUUUAGCCUUUGCUUUCUAAUUGAGGAUUAAUAAAAUAAAACUCAGUUUUAUUUUUAUAAUA